UAAUAAUAUAUUGUAUUUGUAAAAGGUGUGCAAUAUUUGUUAUGUGUAUGUGUAAUUUGCUUGUUCAAUAAUCAUUAAUAUUUUUAUCCGGUUUACAAUGUCUUCAUACAAUUACAAUUCGCUGUACAAGAUCAUCUUGGCUUUAUAAUGAUUACCAGAGACUUUAAUGAAAGAAAAUCGUGGAUACAACAUCUAGGCCACUGAAGAAGUUACGUAUUUAGCAAUGGAUAGUAAGAAACAUGAUAAGUGGGAAGCCUUGGCUACCGUUAAAUCUUUUGAUCAAGGUAUAGCCCGCAAUAGCCAUCAUGAGUCCAUCUUGCAACAGAGUAUGCAACACAUCGAAGUUAUCAACUCCACCGCGACAACGCCGAUUAGCUUACUCGUACAAUCACUGGUUAAACAGCUCUGUUCACUACUCGAAAAGGACCUCAACAGAGCCAACCAAUUGUACAACACGAUCUGUGAAAAACUUCACAGCAUGAAUUUAAUUGAUAAUUCUUAUUCGAUGGGAGAGUUCGAAGUGAUGAGGAGCCAGUAUCAGAGAGCACUCUACCAACUCGUCACCGUAGCCAGUGGCUCAGAAAUACCCAUUCCUCUCCCAGUGUCCUGGCCCAUCACUGCUUCAGCUCUGGAGUGGUCGCGAUACCACAAGGAGUUUGAAGAAUUAUACUUCAUAGCGGGAGGUGGGUUCGGUAGCGUGUUCAAAGCGCGACAUAGGUUAGAUGGCGUUGAAUACGCUGUAAAAAAAGUAUUUAUCAAAUCUUCAGACGUCAAUUCCAUAAUGACACAUUUGGCUGAAGUAAAAACAAUCGCCAGUUUAAAUCACCCGAACAUAGUCAACUAUAAGGCUGCAUGGCUGGAGCCAAUGAUAGAAUCCAAAGUGAAGAAGAAAAAGAGAUAUAAAAUGGACACUGAUAAUGAUGACUUUUCAAUGGAAUCUAACAAGUCUUCCGUAUAUCCUGACAUAAUGAAAUCAUUUAAAACUUACAAUUCUAAAGAAUUAACUAAGCACUACAGCCAAUCUGACUUCAUAAUAUCAUUUGAGAGAUCGAACAGCUUGGACAAUACCGUGAGUUCUGACGAAGAGUUGGACGACGAGGAGGAUUCGAGUUCAGCCGAGCAGAACGCCGUAUGCAAACUUCUAUUAAGCAAAGAAUACGAAAACUGUUCUAGAGUUAACUUGAAAUGGGCUACCUUGUAUAUACAGAUGACGUACUGUCAACAGACACUUAAGCAGUGGUUAGACGAGCGCAAUAACCAUAUGAUACACUCAAGAAAAAACUCCGAUGAUCUUACUCUGCAUCACAGUGACUCGACUGACUCCAACUGUUAUGAGUCUUCCUUCCCUGAUACCAAUUACCCCGUCGCCUGGACUCGUAUAGAUAUAUUGGUUGACAUGUUCACUCAGCUGGUCCGAGGACUUCAUUAUAUUCAUUCGAAAGGGGUUAUUCAUCAUGAUGUUAAGCCCAGCAAUGUGUUCGUGGCUCAAAGCGAAAAUGGUCUGCUCGUUCAGCUGGGCGACUUUGGCUUGGCCUGUCCGUUGCAACAAUCUCAUAGUGGAUUUGCUCUCGGUACGCAUUUGUAUGCAGCGCCUGAACAACUAGAAGGGCAAUGCAAUCCUAAGAGUGAUAUGUAUUCUCUUGGCAUCAUACUUCUGGAGAUGGUGGAGACAUUCGGCACGGACAUGGAGCGUGUUAAAACUAUAACGGGCCUUCGAAAGGGACAGAUUCCGGCGAACCUCACCGCAAACUACCCGAAGAUCGCUCACAUCAUCGGCAAGUUGAUCCAAAGGCGACCGAACAAACGGUUAGACACAACACAACUUCUAGAAGAACUCAACACUCUCUCUGAAAAUAAAGACGAUACAAUACGUUUGCUCAGAGAGGAGUUGGCUGCGAAGGAUGACGAAAUAGCUCAUUUGAAGUUGAUGCUUUCUAAAUAUAACUUCCGUUCAUGAUAGAUUGAAAAUGUUCCAAACUUAAACACUUAUCAAUGAUUUGACAUUAUAGGGAUGGUGUUGCCAGUGUUUUCACAAUUGUCACAAAUUGUUUUUAUUUUGAGCAAAUAUAAAACAUUUUUUUUUAAAUUUUAUUAAAAUAAUUAUUUGAACAAUAAUCUUUGAAUCAAAUUAGUUUAACGUUUAAUAAAUUUCACAUGAAAUUGUCAAUGUAAUGUUUUAUUUUAAUGAUAAGACAAAUUCUAUUACGGAUUGUUUUUGCAUUAUUAUUUUUUGAGAAAAAAAUGCUUUUAUUGUGUUUUUAUAAAUUAUCAUAAGUUUUCCUACUUUUAGAUUCAGUAUUUUUUAACCUCUGGCCUAUGAUAACACGAUGUUAUGAAAUUGUACUGAUGUGAGUUUGUGUGUAAUAAUUUAAUUGAAAUAUAAGUAUUUAAUAAUUAUU